AUGGCGGAUGAAGAGGGCGCGUCUCCCCGCGAGCUCAUCCUCGAAGCCUGCCGCCGCAACAACACGGACCUGCUCGAGGGAACCAUCGCCGACCUCGCGGCGGCCGCGUCCACCGCCGGCAAGGCGCCCGCCGCCCACGUCGCGCAGGUGCUCAACGACGCGCGCGACGGCCUGGGCAACGGGUGUCUGCAUGUCGCGGCGAGCUACGGGAGCUACGAAGUGCUCGACAUGCUGCUCGACCAGGAAGGCCUCGAGAUCGAGCUCGCGGACCGCAUCGAGGGCGACCUGCCGCUGCACAAGGCCGUGCGCUACGCCAACUCGCUGCCGCCCGCGGCGCGGCCCGCGGGCACCCCGAUCGUCGAGAUCCUGCUCGACGCCGGCUGCGACCCGCGGAUACGCAACAAGGCCAAGCUGAAGCCGGGCGAGCUGGUCGACCCGCGCAAUGUCGAGCUGCGCGAGGUGCUGCGCAAGGGCGAGGUGGCCAUGAUGAUGGGCGGCGAUGUCGUGCACGACGACGAGGGGGACGCGGGGAGUGCGAGUGACAGCGAGUAG